AUGAACUACACUAGCCCGACAAGUAAAAAUUCAACAGCCACGAUGCAACUCAACAUGUUCUCAGGUCCAGCAAAAUGCAUCAGCAAAAUGACAACCAAAGCCAAAGCGGCCCUGGAAGAGAAGGCAAUAGGCACAUCAAAGAAGUGGAAACCUGAAGCAGACAGAGAUCACACAAUUGCACAACUAAAGAAGGCAAAAACUCACCCAGCAGCUGGGAACACCAGCAAUCUCACAGUGGCCAACCAAGGUUCUGUGACAUCAUCAAUUGAACCCUCAAAAUCACCAUCUCCACCUGCAGUGAUGAGUUGUCAGGCUGUAGUUCGCACUGAGGAAGAGGAAGCUGCAUUAUGCACCAAUGAGGAUGACUUAGGGUCCAAAGACAGCAAGAGUGGAUCACAAAGCAGUAACAGCAAGUUGGAGAGCAAAGAAGAGACACCUGAAGACCAGCUGAAAUGGAUGAUGAAGGAUUGGAGCUCACCUGUUUAUGCAUUUUUUGAUCCCAUGCCAAAGAUUGUCACAAUUGAUGGACAUGGUGUCUUACUACUUGAGGGUCUUAUAUAA